AUGCUGGAGCACGGGAAGGCGUCUUCGUGGCUGCAGGCGCCGGCGCUGCACAACAGCAGCUGCUCCGCGAGGCCCGCCUCCGGGGGCGCGGGGGCGGCGGCCGGGGGCGGCGUCACGCUGUGGGCCGUCACGCAGUCCAUGCUCGUCCUGCUGCUCUCCGUCGCCAUCCUGGCCGCCAACCUCACUGCCAUCGUCGUGCUCAACAGCCGCAGAUACUCCAAGUACAUACACGCACAGCCGCGCUACCUGCUGACGUCGCUGGCGAGCAACGACCUGGCCAUCGGGCUGCUGGUGACGCCGUUCGGCGUGCUGCCCGCCGUGUACCGCUGCUGGCCCUACGGCGAGAUCUUCUGCCAGAUACAGGUCCUCGAUGUACCCUUACACAGCUCUCACCUGACGCUGCAGCUCUUAGAAACUAUUAUACACAGUCAUACAACCAAGAAGCAAACGGCCUUGCCUCUGUGGUAA